CUAUUUAACCCGUGAUCUUAAUUCUCAAUACUGCGGCGAUCUCAUCACAGAUCAAAGGAUCGAAGAAUCGAAGUGGAAUGCCUCCGAAAUCCGAAACCCUAUCGAAGUCUGCUGCUGCAGAUCAAGCAGAAUCCAUGGAUCCCCUGUUCCAUCUCCUCAAGAUCAUCCCUUUCAGCUUCCUUCGCGUUCCUCGAAUGCGUCUGAAGUUACCUUCGAUCUCUCUCCCUUCUGCCAUGACUGUCUACGCCCUCGUUCUGCUGACCUACUUCAUGGUUGUAUCAGGCAUCAUCUACGACGUCAUCGUUGAACCUCCAGGUAUCGGCAGUACUCAGGAUAGAGUCACCGGCGCUGUCCGACCCGUUGUGUUUCUCCCUGGCCGUGUUAAUGGUCAGUACAUCAUUGAAGGUCUCUCUUCGGGCUUCAUGUUCAUUCUUGGUGGUAUGGGCAUUGUUCUCUUGGAUCUUGCUCUCGAUCGCAAUCGUGCUAAGAUCGUCAAGGUCUCUUUUGCUUCUGCUGGGAUCUCCUCGAUUGUCAUUGCUUAUGUCAUGAGUAUGCUCUUUAUUCGUAUCAAGAUCCCGGCCUAUCUAAGAUAAGGGAAUUUGUGUAUUUAUUCAGCAUUUUUUCUUAUGUUCAGGGAUUUUGUGUUGAAUCAUGAACCCCACCCCUCCUUUUUUAAUUAAUAGGACAUCAUCUGAGUUAGUUCUUAUCUUCCAAUGAAUAGAGACAUCUUUUAUUGGUGUGGAGGUGAAA